UUUUUGUUUUAUUUUCACAACACUGGUGUAAAAGAUAUUGUAUUAAAAAUUUAAUAAAUUAUUUACUGCUGGUCAAACGAAUAUUUUAAAGAAUAAAUUCAUGUUAAAAUUCCUUCCUUGGAAAAUGAAAAGAAAACAAAGAACAUAAAAGUUUAAAUAAUCUAAAUAAAUCAAAACAUAAUAAAAAAUCAUGGUGCAAGUGUGUGUGCGAUAUUUAUGAAAAUUUUUCUGAGAAAAAUCCUUGAAAAAUAAGAAAAACAUCAUUGACACAAAGGAAUCAUUCUGUUUUAUGCUUCAAUGAUUUUUGAAGGCAGGAAUAAUGCCUCAAAGAACUUUUAAAAUAUUAACUAAAUUUUAGAGUGAAAAUUACCAACAACACAACACACACACCAGUAAAAUCGAAGCAGAAGAUCAAGAAGAAGCAGAAAACAAUUGUGGAGAAGAAAGAACAAGAAACUUGAAGAAAAACUAAACCAUCCCCAACUCACACUCAAACACACAUACAGGAUAAUGUAGCUCUUAGAAACGUAGUGCCAAUUCAACAAACAACCAAACGAAACGAAAAAUAUUCUAAUAUUAUUUUCAUACUUCAGAGAAAUUCUAAUUCUUACAUCAAUGUCUCCUUCCUCCUUUUCAUAACAUUUUAAGAAUUUUUUAUAUCAAAUUACUAAAAGUAUUAAAUCGUAAAAACAAAAUUAAUAGUAAUAAAACCAAAUAUAUUUUAACUGCCACAACAAUUUCCCCCCAUUACGAGUAAGUUAUCAUUGAAAGAACCAGAAGAAUACUUUCCAACAAGUCUAAAAGAAAUAUACCAACAGAAGUACACAAAAGGAACUAGCUAAUUUGUUAAAGCUUUUAGCUUUCGUUUCGUUUUCUUGCUUUCCCGCUAUGGGAAACUGCCUGAAAUGCUUCCAAUCAAGCACAGAGCAUACGUCGGCUACAUUGGGUAGUGGCGCUGCUACUGCAACUUCCUCAUCUGUACAAUCGGUCGGACAUACCACUCACCUAGUGGACGGUCGAUACACUGGUAUUUCGUUGAACAUAAAUGCAAAUGAAAAUCAGCAGCAGCAACAUCACCAAAACAUAGCACAUCAUCAAAUGCAUACAGUAAGAGGAGGUCCUUUCUAUAAGGAAAGAUCUCAUGAAACUGACGAACUGCUCUCUACUAGAAGUCCACUCAAACCAGCAAACCAUUGUGAUACAAAACGUAGUAGUUUUAAGAAAUCAUUAGUACUGCUUAAUGGUAAUGCCGCAGCCAUGAGCGAAAUAAUAGCUACGGUUAAAGAAACCUCGGAAGUGUCCGAUAAUACUUUAAAUAAAUUAUUUGAAGAAUAUAAAGAACCCGACGAGGACAUGAUAUUAGCCGAGGGUAUUGAAAGAUUAUGUCGUGAUCUCAAUUAUCAACCAGAUGAAUUUGCCAUACUGGUGCUAGCCUGGUGCUUAGAUGCUUCGCAAAUGUGUCGUUUUACACGUACGGAGUUUAUAGAAGGACUACAUAAAAUGAGAGCUGAUACAAUUGAAACAAUACACAUAAGACUGGAGCAGACAAUCGAAACACUAAAAGUGGAUGCGGAAUUGUUUAAACAAUUAUAUCGAUUUACUUUUAGAUUCGGUUUGGAGCCAGAUCAACGUAUUCUAUCAUUAGAUAUGGCCAUUUCAUUAUGGAAAUUAGUUUUCACCGUACAUACACCAGAUUUACUAAGUAAAUGGACACAUUUCUUAGAGCAACAUCCUAGUAUAAGAGGCAUUCCAAAGGAUACAUGGAAUAUGUUUUUAAAUUUUUCCGAACAGUGUGAUAUCAAUAACUACGAUGAUACCGAAGCUUGGCCCAGUCUAUUCGACGAUUUCGUUGAUUAUGAAAAAUCACGUUUAGAAACGGGCGCUACAGACACUCUAGCAGCCACUACACUAACACACGAUGAUGAUAAUAACAAUGAUGAUCCUCUGCAGCAGAAACAAACUCAAGAUAAUACAAGCUCAAUGAAUGUAUUAUAGUAUUAAGAAAACAUUUUCAUUUUAAUCGAAAAACAGAAACAAUUAGCAUUUGAACAUAUUACAUAAAAAAGCAUACAACAAUAACAAAAGUAUAAAGCAUAAAUUCGAAAUUCGAAAUUGGCUAAAUGUGUAAAAUUGUAUAUUAAACAAUAACAUUAAUCAAAAAGGAUUUUCUUUUGCCAAUUUGACAUAAAUUCAAUUUAAAUUAAUCGCUUUGCAAUAGUUUAUUUUUUAACAUUCCCUGCCUCAUUUCUUAACAUCAUUUAUCCAAUUCAUUUAUUUAAAAACCCUACCCAAUAAUAAAAUAGAGACGUAUUUUUUGGUGCUGGUAACCUCAUCUUUAAAAAACGAUCUCUGAAUCUUAAACUUUUACACUUGCAGCAUGGAAUUCAUAAUAUUUCAUUAACUAUUUUCAAAGUUAUUUUUAUAUGUUUUACUAUUAGUUUUUUGUAUAUAAAAAAACGUUCGAAAGAGAACUCUUUGUAAUUCAUGGAAUAGAAAAUUUAUUUUAGUUAUGUAUUUAUUUCAUAUAUACAUACCGAAGUACAGAAACAUACAUAAAUACAAAAUAUACAUACAACAUAUUCAUUCAUAAACAUCAAGUUCAUGAAAAUUCAUAAAUUUUUAAAAG